AUGCCGCAUGGUCGCCCGGCUAAGCGACGGCGAGUCACGCCGCCCGUCGAUGACAGUGCGGUUUCCGAAACCGUGAAAGCGGAAGACCUCUUCAGCAGAGCGGCGGAUUGGGACCUGGAGGACCAAUACGAACAGCGGUCACGACGAAAGAAGGUCAAAGAGACAACAAGACUACCCACUAAGAGCGCCGAAGGUGUCCUACAGAACGCCUCGAUCGAUGAAGCUGAUGAUGCCGCUUCGGAUAGCUUCCUUGCUUCCGACAGUGACAAUGAGGGCGACAGUGGACUUGUGACCCCACCGGCAGAGCCCGAAGCCCAACCUAAGAUCCCACUGAAACAGCAAGUACUGCAGACAAAGGAAGAAAUCGCACGUUUGGCUGGUUUACUGAAUGAAGAUCCAGAAGAGCACGCUGGCGCGUUCAAGAAGUUGGCCCAACUGGGCAAUGGGGCGCCUCUACCCGUGCAGAAACUCGUUCUUGCUGCUCAGGUGGCUGUCUAUAAAGAUGCGAUCCCUGGGUAUCGCAUUCGAGCGUAUAAAGACGAAGAUAUGAGCAGCAAGGUGUCCAAGGAUGUUCGCAAAACGAGGCAAUUUGAACACGGUCUCGUCACCAACUACCACACCUACGUCAAGCAUCUGGCGACUCUCGCUCGAACCAAAUCUGAUGACAGCGAGACCGCCUCUCUUCGAAGUGUCGCCAUCAGCUGUGCCUGCUCUCUCCUGCUUGCUGUGCCGCAUUUCAACUUUCGCACCGAGUUGCUUAAUCUUCUCGCCCGCGAACUUCUCAAGCGUGAGCCAACGCCAGAUUUUAUCAAGUGCAUCGACACUGUUCAGAAUUUUUUUAAAGCGGAUGACGAUGGAGCACCGUCGCUGGAGGCAGUCGGCGUCCUCUCGAAGCUCAUGCGAGCAAAAGACUUCAGUGUGCGAGAAGAGGUAUUAGACUUGUUUCUUCACCUGCGCGUACUGACCGAACUCUCACCCGCCCAUGUCAGUGGCAACGCCACAAACACCAGGCUAUCGAAACUACAUGGCAAGAGAUCGAAGAAGGAGAAAUGGGAGCACCGCUCGAAGAAAGAACGAAAGGUCGCGCGCGAAAACAAGGUCGUCGAGAAAGAAAUGAGAGAGGCCGACGCGAGUGUCAACUUUGAGGAGCGCGAGAAAAUGCAGUCCGAAGCACUCAAGCUCGUAUUCGCAACCUAUUUCCGUAUCCUCAAGGAAAGGAUACCCCAUCUCAUGGGCGCGGUCCUCGAGGGUCUGGCUAAGUACGCCCACCUUAUCAACCAAGACAUGUUCGGGGAUAUUCUUGAAGCUCUGAAAGACAUCGUCAAGCGAGCUGAAAAUUUGGACGACGUUGACGAGAUCGGAGACGAUGAGCAGCCGACGACGAACCAACGCAACUUCACUCGCGAAAGUCUGCUGGCUACGCAGACCGCAUUCACCCUGCUAUCGCAACAGGAUGUCUCAAAGUCUGCAUCAGCCCUGCAGCUCGACCUCUCAUUCUUCUCUACCCACAUCUAUCGCACACUCUAUGCACUAGGAUUGGAUUCUGAUAUUGAGCUAGGGCCAAAGGCGCUACACCUUGCGGAUCCACACAGUCGGGGCCAACAAGAGCAUCGGAACAGAGUCAACGUGUCCACGCCCGUCCUUCUUCUCACCAGAGUACUCACGUCGAUCCUUCUGACACCAUCACAGCCGCCUCCAACAAUUACUGCGACCGCGUUCUACAAGAGGCUUCUAUCCAUCUCCAUUGCACUUCCGGAGAAGUCAGCCUUGGCAGUGUUAGGUCUGAUGGGCAAGGUCGCGGACAAGCACAGCCGCAAGAUUGAGGCACUUUGGUACAGCGACGAACGGAACGGCGACGGAGUCUUCCACGGUGAAAGCGACACUAUUGAAGGGACAAAUGUUCUUGCUGUUGGGAGUGGGGUGUGGGAACGAGAGUUGCUGAAGAAACACUACUGUCCUCAGGUCCGCGAGCAAAGUGCUGCGAUCGACAAGAUUAUCACAAAAUCGUCCCAAAGAUAG